AUGGAUAAAGCCACGAGAAAAACACCGGUGAUCACAGUGGACUCUGGCUCUUCUUCUGAUUCCCCAGGCAACGUCUCAGCAACUCCACACCACGGGGAGAUUCCCUGUGCCGCUGACGCCCGUCUCUUGCUCGAUCUAACCCUUGCGACAGCUGGCUCGAGCCUCGAUGAUCCCUUGAGCUCCAACAAAGUGAUGGUCAUCAAGGAAUCCUCUUCGUCGGACAACGGUGCACAUGACGAGCUAUCCCCUGCCAAUAGGGAUUUCAUCUGCGCCUAUUGCAAGAAAAACUUUGCAUCUUCGCAGGCGCUCGGCGGCCACCAGAACGCACACAGGCUCGAGCGUUCGAUGGUGAAAAGGCAGCACGAAAUGGCUGCCAUGAACAGGCAAAGGCCACUUUCAACUAUGACAUAUGGCUAUGGUGAUUUCAGUGCGCCCUAUUUGAAUAUCCCUCCAUUCCCUGCUUUCGGACAACUCAACCAAUUGGCCACCCCCGGCAAGGGGAUGGAUCAGCCCAUGGUCCAAAGGGUCCAACCAUCAUGGCGCCAGCCCGGGUCCUGGGUCGCACAAAACGGGCGGUGGGCUGGGCAUCCGCCAAUGAUGGCAUCACCCCGGCCAAGGCUGGACGGCAUGCUUUAUGUUCCUGCUAAUCUUAAUAAUAAUUUCAAAAGUGGUGGAUAUGAGGGUCAGUUUAGGUUUCUUCCUCCUUCAGCGUUUGAUCAUACCCAAAAGAGGGGUGGUGCAAUGAUGUGCAGCUCAAGAAGUCCUUCAAGCAUUCCCAGCCCGAAUGUGCCAAUGAGUAAGGUUGCUAACAGCGGGGGCGGCGGCAGCUGCGGCAAUCAUCAUGUCCAACUGGGGAAGAGGGAUGUUCGGCCGAAGACUGACCAUGGAGAACUAGAUUUGACCCUUAAGCUAUAA